CCAUACACUGUGAGUUUAACUAACUGCCAGCGUAUAAAUUCUAGCUAGUGCUCAGCUGGAAAUGCUGACGCCACAUGCUCAUUUGUAUUCGCUCAACAGGCUAUGCGUUAGCUAGUUGACACGAACAGAGACUUUACAGACAGUGUUCAUUUAUAGUUGUGUCCCUGUGAUCUGAAUUCCCGAAAAGUGCUUAUGUGUCAAAAGCUUGUGACCAACCCACUAACCAACCAAUACCGAUUGAGACUGAAUCAUUCGUCCAAGCACGAUUAUGCUAGCAGAGCCUCAAUUUGGAGAGACCGAAAAAGACAAAACACGAUGGAGACAUGUCAAGUUAUUAACUCCAGAUGUGAAAGGAGGAGAGUGGAUUUCAGCAGGACAUGAGUAUAAACCAAUAAAAUAAAGAAUCUACUAAGGAAAAGACGGAGGGAGAAGGAUGAAGCUGAACGAACGCAGCGUGGCGCACUACGCCACCUGUGACUCCCCGCCGGACAAGACAGGCUUCCUCUUUAAAAAGGGUGAGCGCAACACAGCGUAUCACCGCCGCUGGUUUGUGCUGAAGGGUAACAUGCUCUUCUACUUCGAGGAGCGCGACAGCCGAGAGCCCAUCGGUGUCAUCGUCCUCGAAGGAUGCACCGUAGAGCUUUGCGAGUCGGCCGAGGAGUUUGCCUUCGCCAUCAAGUUUGACUGUGCCAAAGCGCGGGUGUACAAGAUGGCUGCUGAGAACCAAGCAGCCAUGGAGUCAUGGGUGAAAGCGUUGUCAAGGGCCAGCUUUGACUACAUGAGGCUGGUGGUGAAGGAGCUGGAGAGGCAGCUGGAGGAGAUCCAGGAGGCCGCAGGAGGCGGCUGUGUCGGGGCUGGAGUUGGAGGCCUGCAGGGUAGGCCUAAGUCGUCCUCCAGGCGAAACCACGUGGCACGAUCAAAGUCUGGAGCAUCCUCUUCUUCAUCAUCUUCAUCUUCCAUAUCAUCAUCAUCAUCAAGUGCCUCUCCCAUGGCUGGUCCCUUCCCUGCCCAGAAGAGCCUCCAGGAUGAGGUGCAGCUCAUCUCUGAUUGUUCCAAAGAGAACGGAGUUGCAUGGAGUAAACCGCCUGCUGCCUUCGCUAACGGAUUUGUUGAGGGAGCGUCUUCCUGUGUGGCCUGGGAAGCGUGCGCAGACUCUGGGAAUAACAUUGUGAUUGGGUGUGAGGCUGAUGGGAUGAGGGCUCCACCAGUGCCACCCAGGAGAAGAGGAGCCUCUCUGGAAAGCCCCGUCUCCCCUGGCACCGGCUGCUUCUCCAAGCUCCACGACUGGUACGGCAUAGAGGUGGAGGAACUGAGAGUGCAGUGGCUGCAGAGCCAAUAAAGUAAUGGAUUUUCUCUUUUUUUCCAAUUUUUUUAUCAUUCCUUCCUUCUUGAUCGUUCUGCAAUCUUAAACCCUUUUAAACUCAACAAACAGGGCACACAACCUAUUUGUAAAGCUAAGUCUUAUUGCCCAUCAAAAAAGACAAAUACUGAUUUAAGAAUGAUUCCAGAUCCUGUCUGGAACAGGGGAAUCAAUCUGUCUUCAGCAUCAACACUAUCCAUUGUACAAUCCAAUACCAAAUAUGCUCUUUUCCACAGUUUUUAAUGUAAUUUGUCAUGGACAAUUAAAAAUUUAAAAAAAAAAUCAAGAAAAAUAUAUGUUAUAUUAUUAUAUUGCCAAUAUUCAAGAUUUUUUCGCUUCCAAAUAUACUUGUGCAAUUGGGGUCAGUUUUCUUUAGAACUGUAGCAACCUUGAUCCAAACCAUUUUUUUUCUUCAGGUAUACAUGGAAGCUACGGUGUUAAUCACCUUAAAAACGGGAUAAAAUUAAAUAAAUAACUGCUAAAAUCACGACUUUUUUUCAAAUCCAAGCCCAGGAUGGCAAGGGUAUUUUUGUUAUAUGCAAAUGAAAUAAAAAAGGCCACAUCCUGUAAAUAACGAUCUGAAGACAUUGCAAGAAACAGAUCCACAUGGAUCAGGUUGCUAUAGCGACACGUUAUCCACGGCGUACAGAGGUGAAUGUAACAGUAAAUCCUGCAGCUGUGGGAUUGAUGAAAAAAUGAUAAAAAGCCGUUUUUUUUAGUUAAGGAUGUUUUUGUAAUCUAAUGUCAAGGGCACCAGUACAGUUAGCAGCACGUUUAAAAAGAAAUUCCUGUAAACUCUGGAUAAGAAGUGUUGGGGCAAAACGAGUCCAGUUUCUCCUGGCUGCUCCCAGCGGGGAACAUCCCACCCCAGAGACCUUGUGGUUGCCAAGGUCAGAACAUCCUGUUGCCAGUGUCUGGGGACCACGGUGAGCGCUGGAUGUCUCGCUCAGAGCACCACACUGGUAUUUUUAGCCCUGGUUAGCCAGCGGCCAGAUGAUGCUGUGUCACAAGAGUGCUCGUCACUUAGUUUUCUUAAGACUCUUCUUGUAUUUCAUAAAAGGAGUUUGUUUAUCCCUAACACGUGUCACUGUAAAUCUGUGACAAUUUCAUAUCAUACAAUCAAGUUAUCUUCAUUUCAUCAUACUGUUUGUUUAUUAAAGCGGAUUAACAUGAAUGUUACUAAAUGAGUUUUGCUGUUAGAGGCCUAUACUUUAUUUAAACAUCAAACCUCUUGGUUUGUAUAUUAAUAAUUUUGCUCUUCCAUGUAGGAAAUUAAUACCAGCAGUCUGCAAAACAGGCCUUUUAAAACUUUUUCUUUUAUAAUUCUAUAUUCAAUCACAUAGCUGUUUAAGUUUUUGUUUUAUCUGUGCCUUAUGUUAUAUUUAUUUACUGGUAUUGCCCUUGCAGUCACUACCAUAAUUUCUUUUCUCUUUUGCAAAGGCUCAUGUUGUUACAAUCUUUUGUUGACAACGGCUGUGUUUCUUCAGUCUGCAUCAUUGUGCAGCACCAUCAUUCCUGUUAUACUUGUACAGUGUGGAUUGUGUGGUUGUUGUUGUUUUUUUAAACAGCUGCAUCAGGGGCGGUAUGCUUUUGAUAAGCAUUAACUAAAAUGAUUGUGGUACCAAUUUUAUUAACUCCAGAAGAGCAUUACUGUAAUUACAGAUGACAAUAGACAAUUAAAGGAAAACAUGAUUGUGUCUAAUCAACCUUAAAAAUGAUCAUCUUUAUUCAAGAGUGCCAAAUGAGGAAUGCAACAUAAAUGCACAGUUAUUAAAUUGUCAGUUUUUCUUUUUGUUGACUUCCACAAUUGUAGUACACAUUUUCAAUGUUGUAGUACACGAUAUGAGUAUUAUUUAAAAUGACCAAUCAUAUUUAACGUAUUGUCCUGACAUGGUACCCUAAAAAGAUUAUUGUUUUAAAAAACGUGUUGUAAACCAUUCAAUAAAAAGUGCCAUUAAUCUGUUA